AUGCUCCUGCUGGGCAUCUUAAUGCUGCUUCUCGCCGGGGCACUCGCCGGCGGCUCAGAGCCAGAGCGGGAGGUGGUGGUCCCCAUCCGACUAGACCCGGACAUCAACGGCCGCCACUACUACUGGCAGGGUCCCGAGGACUCCAGGGAUCAGGGACUCAUUUUUCAGAUCACAGCGUUUCAGGAGGACUUUUACCUACACCUGACGCCAGAUGCUCAGUUCUUGGCACCCGCCUUCGCCACUGAGCACCUGGGCGUCCCCCUCCAGGGACUCAUCCGCAGCUCUCCGGACUUGAGACGUUGCUUCUAUUCUGGGGACGUGAAUGCCGAGCCAGACUCGUUCGCCGCCCUGAGCCUGUGCGGGGGGCUACGCGGAGCCUUCGGCUACCGGGGCGCCGAGUAUGUCAUUAGCCCGCUGCCCAACACCAGCGCGCCGGCGGCGCAGCGCAACAGCCAGGGCGCACACCUCCUCCAGCGCCGGGGCGUCCCCGGCGGGCCUCCCGGAGAUCCCACGUCUCGCUGCGGGGUGGGCUCAGGCUGGAAUCCCGCCAUCCUGCGGGCCCUGGACCCUUACACGCCUCGGCGGAUCGGCUUAGGGGAGGCUCGCAGCCGACGCAGGUCCGGGCGCGCCAAGCGCUUCGUGUCUAUCCCGCGAUACGUGGAGACGCUGGUGGUGGCGGACGAGUCGAUGGUCAAGUUCCACGGCGCGGACCUGGAGCACUAUCUGCUGACGCUGCUGGCCACGGCGGCGCGGCUCUACCGCCACCCCAGCAUCCUCAACCCCAUCAACAUCGUCGUGGUCAAGGUGCUGCUUCUCGGAGACCGGGACACGGGGCCCAAGGUCACAGGCAAUGCGGCCUUGACGCUGCGCAACUUCUGCGCAUGGCAGAAGAAACUGAACAAAGUGAGUGACAAGCACCCAGAGUACUGGGACACGGCCAUCCUCUUCACCCGGCAGGACCUGUGUGGGGCCACCACCUGUGACACCCUGGGCAUGGCCGACGUGGGCACCAUGUGCGACCCCAAGAGGAGCUGCUCCGUGAUCGAGGACGAUGGGCUGCCGUCGGCCUUCACCACCGCCCACGAGCUGGGCCACGUGUUCAACAUGCCCCACGACAAUGUGAAGGUGUGCGAGGAGGUGUUCGGGAAGCUCCGGGGCAACCAUAUGAUGUCCCCAACACUCAUCCAAAUUGACCGUGCCAACCCCUGGUCGGCCUGCAGCGCGGCCAUCGUCACCGACUUCCUGGACAGUGGGCACGGAGACUGCCUCCUGGACCAGCCCAGCAAGCCCGUCUCCCUGCCUGAGGACCUGCCGGGCGCCAGCUACCCGCUGAGCCAGCAGUGUGAGCUGGCCUUCGGUGUGGGCUCCAAGCCCUGCCCCUACAUGCAGUCCUGCACCAAGCUGUGGUGCACGGGCAAGGCCAAGGGCCAGAUGGUGUGCCAGACGCGCCACUUCCCCUGGGCAGACGGCACGGGUUGCGGCGAGGGCCGGUUCUGCCUCAAGGGGGCCUGCGUGGAGAGACACAACCUCAACAAGUACCGGGUGGAUGGCUCCUGGGCCAAGUGGGAGCCCUACGGCCCCUGCUCGCGCACCUGUGGAGGGGGCGUGCAGCUGGCCCGGAGGCAGUGCAGCAACCCCACCCCUGCCAAUGGCGGCAAGUACUGUGAAGGGGUGAGGGUGAAGUACCGCUCUUGCAACCUGGAGUCCUGCCCCAGCUCAGCCUCUGGCAAGAGUUUCCGGGAGGAGCAGUGUGAGGCCUUCAACGGCUACAACCAUAGCACCAACCGGCUCACCCUGGCCGUGGCCUGGGUGCCCAAGUACUCAGGUGUCUCCCCACGGGACAAGUGCAAACUCAUCUGCCGAGCCAAUGGCACCGGCUACUUCUACGUGCUGGCUCCCAAGGUGGUGGACGGCACGCCUUGUACCCCAGAUUCCACCUCAGUCUGCGUCCAGGGCAAGUGCAUCAAGGCAGGCUGCGAUGGGAACCUGGGCUCCAAAAAGAAGUUCGACAAGUGUGGGGUAUGUGGAGGAGACAAUAAGAGCUGCAAGAAGGUGUCAGGACUCUUCACCAAGCCCAUGCAUGGCUACAAUUUCGUGGUGGCCAUCCCAGCGGGCGCCUCCAGCAUCGACAUCCGCCAGCGCGGCUACAAGGGGCUGAUUGGAGACGACAACUAUCUGGCCUUGAAGAACAGUCAAGGCAAAUACCUGCUCAAUGGGCACUUUGUGGUGUCGGCCGUGGAGCGGGACCUGGUGGUGAAGGGCAGCUUGCUGCGCUACAGCGGCACGGGGACUGCGGUGGAGAGCCUGCAGGCCUCGCGGCCCAUCCUGGAGCCCCUGACGGUGGAGGUGCUCUCUGUGGGCAAGAUGACGCCGCCGCGGGUCCGCUACUCCUUCUACCUGCCCAAGGAGCCCCGGGCGCCCUCCGUACACCACAACAGCGUCCUCAGCCUCUCCAACCAGGUGGAGCAGCUGGACGCCCAGGCCCCCGCGCGCUGGGUGGCGGGCAGCUGGGGGCCGUGCUCGGCCAGCUGCGGGGGCGGCCUGCAGCGGCGGCCAGUGGACUGUCGCGGGUCCCCAGGGCAGCGCGGGGCAUCCACUUGCGAUGCUGCACACCGCCCAGUGGAGACGCGUAGCUGUGGGGAGCCCUGUCCAACUUGGGAGCUGGGCGCCUGGUCGCCCUGCUCCAAGAGCUGUGGCCGGGGGUUCAAGAGGCGUCCACUCAAGUGCAUGGGCCAUGGAGGGCGGCUGCUGGCGCGCGACCAGUGCGACCUGCGCCGGAAGCCCCAGGAGCUGGACUUUUGCAUCCUGAGGCCGUGCUGA